AUGAGCUUCUUGAAUGAACUAAAGAAACAAAAAGAACGACUGAAAGGAACGGAAACGAUUGUUACGCGAGCUGAUGGCGUCAAAUUUGUCGAAAAUUCUGGAAUGUUAGUCGAAUCUGGACUACCAGGUUUUGUGAUUGAUACUAAGCCUGACGAUGUACCAGUUUUGAUUGUAGACUUUUUGUAUAUCGGAUCGCAAGACUGUGCGGCGAGAAGUGUGUUAGAAAAAUAUAACAUUAAAAAUGUUUUAAGUGUAGGUGUAGAUGUGAAUAUUUCGUUUAUAGAUCAUAAGUUUGUUCCUGUUUUGGAUCUACCAGAAUCAGAUAUAAAACCACCUUUAAUGGAAUGUUUGCCAUAUCUUAGAAAUUGUAUUGAAAAUAAAGAAAAUGUGUUGAUACAUUGUAAUGCCGGUGUAUCCAGAACUUCGAUGGUAGCUAUCGCUUAUUUAAUGCAGUAUGAAAUGUUAGAUUUUGAGAAUGCUUAUAAUUUAGUAAAAGAAAAAAGACCAGCAAUACAGCCAAUUGCUGGUUUCAAGAAACAGUUGCUGUUAUUGAAGCCAGGAAAUAUAUUAAAUUAGUUUGUUUUUAUGUUUGAUAUAAUUAUUUAUAACUUUGUUUAUGAUAUGUAAUGCUAAAAU